AUGUGGUGCUCACACACUCUCCUCCCCUCCCACACUCCCUAUGCCUCCCAUGCUCUCUGCCCCACUCACACCCUCUCCACCACUCUCUUCUUGCCACGCCUCUCACGCUCUUCUCCACUCCCACGCUCUUCUCCACUCUCACACUCUUCUCCACUCCCAUGCCCUUCUCCACUCCCACGCUUUCCCAAAGUCCACGCACCACCCAUGCUCUCUCAACCACUCUCUUUCUCGACCAUGCAUCCUACGUUUUCCUUUCACUCUCUCUGCAGCGCUCUCGCUCUCUCCGUCACUCCCAUGCCUGUGCCUCUCAUGCUCUCUUCACGGCACAACUCUCUUCUCUCGUUCGUGCCUCCCACGCUCUCCAUGCCUCUCACUCCCUGUGCCUCUCACGCUCUCCGCGUCGCCCGCUCUCUCUCUCUCUCUCUCUCUCUCUCUCUCUCUCUCUCUCUCUCUCUCUCUCUCUCUCUCUCUCUCUCUCUCUCUGCCAACCCCAUGCUCCCCACACCUCUUGCAGCCUUUGCACAUCUAGCGCUCACAGCGGUCUACUUAUGCUGGUUCCUCACCUCUCACAAUCUCCUAUGCCUCUCAAGCUCUUUGGUCCUCUCACUUUCCUUCCUCCCGAGUUCUCCCCGGUUGCGACAGGUGUAUACUACCAAUCCAAAAUGA